CUUCAUUAAUUUUAGUUAACAGAAGUUCUUCUAAAACCGUUUUAAAGACAAACACAUUUUAGUAUUUUAAAUAAAUGAUAUUAUUUUAUAUUUUUUUUUAAUUAUUAUAUUAAGAAGAUCGUGGUUAUAACUGAAAUUAAGAAUUCAGAAACCAGGUUACAUUUGGUUAUUCGACAAUACAUGCCUAUGGUCUUAGAUAACAUGAUAAUAAUACAAACGAAUCCAACUUUGAUCCGACACAGUUUUCUUUUAAAAAAAUUUAAUAAUUUAAUAGAAAUUAAUAUUUAGUACUAGAUAAAACAAAAAUAAAAUUAAUUUUAUUGUUUAUUCAAUUGCAAUAUUUAUUAUUUAGUUUGUAACAUUUGUUUUUCUUGAUUUUGCCUUAUAUUAGUUGUAAUUUGGAAUAUAGAUAUUUUGUCAGUUUUUUCAAUUGGACAACUUAUUUGACAGAUAUUCAUUUUUGCACUAUCUUAUAUAUUUUAUAAGUAUAAGUUUUUAAACGAACUACUGCCCAAAAUAUGGCAGAUUUAUCCUAUGCAUUACCUCUGAUAAUCCUGUUGUCUGUUACAAUGACUCAUUUUUGUCUGCAUAGAGUUGAUGAAGGCCAUGUAGCUGUCUAUUACAGAGUAAAUAUAACUUUGAUUGUUUAAUUAUUAUUUGGUAAUGAUAUUCAUGUUAUUUUAUGAAUAUAUUUUUUUAUUAGGGUGGUGCGUUAUUAUCUCAAAUUAGUUUUCCUGGUUAUCACAUUAUGAUGCCAUUCAUAACAGCUUUCCGAUCUGUACAAGUAAGUUGGUUUAUCUCAAUGUUCUGGUAAAAAAGAACAUUAUGCAUAGUAUAUACCUAAUUAUUUUUUAUUUAUCUUGGCAGGUUACACUUCAGACAGAUGAAGUUAAAAAUGUUCCUUGUGGUACGAGUGGCGGUGUAAUGAUUUAUUUUGAUAGAAUUGAAGUGGUCAACAUACUAAAUUCUGAUAGUGGUAACUACCUAAAUUAUACUUAAUUUUUAAAAUAUAUAAUACAAUAUUUUUUGGUCAUAAACUAAAAAGAGUCCAAUAUUAUAUUUAGAAUUUGUAUUUAAAACCUGGAACAAUUAAAAAUUAGUAUAACAUUCAUCCAAUUUAUAACAUGUAAUACUGUUUAAACACAAAUAUAAUUAAUUUUAGUUUAUAAUACUAUAAUGAAUUAUCUUUGCUUAAAAUGCAUCUUACCACAACCCUCACAAAUUAAAAAUUGUUGUAACUGUAUCAUACUUGUACUUGUACUUGUAACAUAUCUUAUAACUGAGGGGAGGAGGUUAAAUAAAUGUGUAACUGAAAAAAAUAUAACCCUUCAAUAACAACAUAACAAAUUACUAUUAUGAAGGGAUGUGUGCAGGAAUCUAAGCAACAAUCGUUUCUCUAGCAAUCUAUUUUUCACGAGGUAAAAACUAACGAAAUUAGUUCUCAAAUAAACAUUGAAAUAUUUACAAAUACUAAAUUGUAUUUCGUAAUUUUUGUAUCAUAAACCAUUACUUACAAUCACUUUUUAUAAAUAAAUAAACCUCAAGAUCAGUAAUAUUUUUAAUGGUGUACUACUCUUAUGACACUAUCCUCCUUGCAGCAGUAUCCAGUUGAAAAUGAUUGUUUUAAUAGGUAACGAUUUGAAGUUUGUCAUUUUUAUAGUUUGGCUCAUGGUGUUCACCAAAUGCUUGGUUUUGAAUUUUUAGUUAUGUUAUUUUUCUGUUAUCUACUUGACAAAGUUAUGCUUAAUGAAUUGGGGUUUAUUUUCAAUUUUUUUUUUAUUUUAGUUUUAUAAGUCAGACACGAGCUCGUGAAGCCAACUCAUGGAGGUCGCCUAAGUCCUGUCUUAUUUUUAUUAUUCAUAUUAAAUUUGAGAAGAAAAACCAUAAAAAUAAUUGAUUAUUCCGCAUAUUAUGUAUAAUUACAUGCUUCAAAUCACCAUAACUUAUAAUAGAGGUUAGAUAAAGUGAAAAGAGGUGACAGGAGAAUUCCAAUAAAACUUAAAAUUAAGUUCUGCACUUGUAUAAUGUGAAGUGUUAAGCACCAAAAAGAAAAAUAGAACAAAGAAUAAGUGUAGUAGAAAUGAAAAUGCUUAGGUGGAUAAGUGGAGUAACUAAAAAAGAUAGGACGAGAGGUGAGUACAUAAAAGGUAGCUUAGGCGCGGUUUCGAAACAAGAGAAAAUAUAUUGAGGCGUGUUACAGGGAGAGGAAUCUAAAGUAUUAGGAAUUGUAAUAUAAAUAAACAUAAAAGGAAAUAGGUAGAGAGAAAAACUGAAAAAGAGUUUUUCUGAUAUGAUAGAGGAUGAUAUGACUAUAUGAGGACAGCUGGUGUAUGCAAGGUAGGAGAUGGAAAUUCAAUGGAAAUUUAAAACAAGGGUAACCAACCCCAAAUAGUUGGGUUGAAGAUGAAGGAGAAGAAGAAGAUUUAAUUUAAAGUUAAUUUUCCUUGAUCAGAAUCUAAAAGUAACUAAAUGGAUUUAUACCUAACAGUAACUUAACAUUAUGGCAAUGUAAAUAUAACUUUUUUGGACAUUCUAUAUUAAAUGGGAAUUACUUGUGUUAUGAUUACACUAUCAUGUCAUAAAAAAAAACUUCUGGGUUAAUAUAGAUUACUGGGUAUUUAAUAUCAAUACUUUUUAUUCAUUUUAUUUAAUAUACGUAUGCAUUUUUAUCUUAAUAAAAUUAACAUUAUUUUACUUUUCCAUUAAAUUAAAAGUUAUAACAACAAAUAUUAUUUUUGUUUUUCACCAGUUUUAAUGUUAUUUUAAUUGUAUUUUCAGUUUAUGAUAUUGUAAAGAAUUAUACUGCUGAUUAUGAUAAAACAUUAAUAUUUAAUAAAGUGCACCAUGAACUUAACCAAUUUUGCAGUGUUCAUAAUUUACACGAAGUAACAUUUCCUUUUGUGUUUUGUAAUUUAUGAAAUUGGUUUUUAAAUAUGAUACAUUUUAUAGGUGUACAUUGAUCUUUUUGAUCAAAUUGAUGAAAAUCUUAAAGUGGCCCUGCAAAAAGAUUUAACAGAAAUGGCACCUGGUCUUAAAGUACACUCUGUGCGUGUCACCAAACCUAAAAUACCUGAGACAAUAAGGAAAAAUUAUGAAAUCAUGUAUUAGUAAAAAUUGUAUACAUUUUAAUAAUAUCAUUAUUAAUUGAUUAACCUAUUUAUUUUUAGGGAAGCUGAAAAAACUAAAUUACUAAUAGCUGAGCAAAGACAAAAGGUUGUUGAAAAAGAAGCAGAAACUGAGCGAAAACGUGCUAUUAUUGAAGCUGAAAAACAAGCUCAAGUGUCAAAAAUUGAAUUUGAACAAAAAAUUAUGGAAAAAGAAUCUAUUAAACAAAUCUCUGUAAUAGAAGGUAAUUAUUUCUAUACAAUUUUUAUGAAAUGUUUAUAUAACAUAUAUUCUAACUUUUUUUUGUCAAUUUAGAUACAAUUCAUUUAGAAAAAGAAAAGAGUGCAGCAGAUGCUGAAUUUUAUCGCAUCAAAAUGCAAGCUGAUUCUAAUAAAUUAUUACUCACGAAAGAGUAUUUAGAGAUGAAACGAAUUGAAUCAUUAGGAAAUAAUACAAAACUUUACUAUGGUCCAGAUCUCCCAAAAAUUUUCAUGCAACAAUAUGUGCCAUUACAAUAAUUAUGUAAUUUAUUUGAACUCUACGUUUGGUAUAAAACUGAUAAAUAUUUAUAAAGUUCAACCACUAUCACUAUUAUGUCUUAACUAGUCAAUUGUGCUUUGUUGUAAUAAUUUCAUUUUAUUAGUGUAAUAAUGUAAUGCAAUUAUUAAAUAGAUUUAUGAUACUACUAAGUCCUAAUAUACUUAUGUAAUUAUAUUUAUUAUCAAAUUUUGUUCAUAGUACAUACAUUUAUAAAUAAUAAUUUUAUCGGAAGAUGAUAUAAGUUAUAACUUAAAACUAUAUAAUAUGUAUUAAUUAUUAAGUCAAUGCUA